AUGCGAUUUUCUCCGCUGCUGUCCAAGGUCCUGUUCACCUUUUCCAACUUCACCCGCCUCCGGACCCCGCAUCAGAUCCAGGCCCAUCUUGCCCAAUUGCGCCCCGUGCCCUUGAGGUCCAUGUCCGGCAUCCCCUUCCUAGGCGCACUUUUCGGAUCCUCGUCUUCGAGCUCGUCCAAGAUGUCUUACCCCGACCAGCGCUCCGACGACGAGUGGCGGGCGGUGCUCAACAAAGAGCAAUUCCGCAUCCUCCGUGAAAAAGGCACCGAGCCGCCCGGGUCAGGCAAGUUCGACAAGCACUACCCGGAGGAGGGCGUCUACACGUGCGCGGCGUGCCACGCGCCGCUGUACAAGGCCAAGCAAAAGUUCAAGUCGGGCUGCGGCUGGCCGGCCUACUUUGACAGCAUCCCUGGGGCGGUAACGCGCCACGAGGACAAGGCGUUUGGCAUGACGCGGACUGAGAUUGUUUGCUCCAACUGCGGCGGUCACCUAGGCCAUGUGUUCAAGGGCGAGGGCUUCCCUACGCCGACGGACGAGCGGCACUGCGUCAACAGCGUGAGCCUGAGCUUCUCGCCCGACGACAAGGCCAAGGAGAGCAAGGCUUAA